AUGAGCAAUCCCGAUGAUCUGCUGUUGGAGCUCAUGUACGAAUAUAAACCCCAUCUGCAGUCGUAUCGGCACCGCAUAAACACCUGGAACGAGCUUCUAAGGGCGUUCAAUGAGGCCACAGGUGCUAGCUACCGCCAGAACCGGACUUUGAAGACGAGGUUUGAAAAACUGAAAGAACUGUUUUUGAACGGAGAAAAACUGCCGUUAAAGAACGUGGCAUUGUUGCAAACACUGCUGGACGAGAGCAGCCGCGAGCCCCGACAGCUUGAACAGUCUGAGCAACUGCAGCGCCCGCAAGAGAGAAUCUCAGCCGUUAAUUGUCAACCGCUCCUUGACGGUCCCAACAGAGCCCACGACAAAAUGCACGCAGACGCAGACGCAGAUUAUUCCUCCGAUGGUGAAGAAAACGAGGAACCUGGGGCUCCCAGGCCGCCACCUCUGGACUCCAUGACGAUUUUCCCACACACCCAGAUGCAACGGCUCCAGGAGCAACGUGGCGCGAAGAAUAAUGGGUUUGCGGCCAGUCCGGCACCCCACGACUUUCAGCGGUUUUCAGAAACUCCACAAUUUCAUGCACAAAAUUUAUCCGCGACGGAUACCUCUGAAGCGCAAUAUAUGGACACAAAGGACCACAUUGCCUCUGUGUUAGACUCGCUAAAAAAGGACUCUCACAACAAUAACCCAGAGAAAGCAUUUGGCCAUGCCUCCGAUAAUAUAAACUCUCUCGCGGCACUUCGACAAGAGAUCGACGUAAUGAAACAAAAUCAAGAAAAUUUCCAGAGGAACGUGCUAGCAAAGCUGAACAAAAUCGCAGAGCUCCUGAAUCCGCCAACCGAUUUCUUGAAUAUGCCAUUUGGUUCACAACCUCAUCAAAGUCAGGGCCCGUAA